GUUCUUAUCAGGGAGAGGUGCCUGACGGCGAACGCCGAUAUUAAGCGUCGGCGAGCUUACAACCAGGUCAGAGAGAGAUAUCCGCUCACACCGCAAAAUGGCCUCCCGAUUCUGGAACUGCGCAGUAUGGAUGACCUGCUUGUGCGCCUUCCUCGUCGAACAUGGUGCCUGCGACGCUCCAACAUGUGAAAAGUUUGCAUCAAGUCCCUGCCUCCCUGAGGGUGCGGAUAAAGUGACGUUCGAGAUUACAUCCUUCACGGUGAAUUCUCUCAAAAGGGAUUGCACGAAUGCGGACGCCAUAUCUGCAUGCGUAAAUGAUCUAAAGAUCGACGGCUGCCCAGAAGAAGAAAGACGCGAGCUCCAACUCCUUAAAGACGGGCUUCGUUCAACAAGAGACUCUUUAUGUCACGAAAAUCUCUUCCAGAGCAUGAAUGAAUGGAACCGCUGUCUCAACAAGACGAUGCUUGAUGUGUGCCUUCGUGAAUACAAUUAUGAACGGAAAACACUUGAAGAAACUGGCCGUCUUACCCGAGAUGAAAAAGAAUGCAGAUAUGGAGGAUAUGCGUGUUAUUUAAAGUCCGGCGAAGGCUGUCUAUCCACGAGUCUUGCCACGAAGGCGGUGAAGGACGUUUACAACACCAAUCUUGACCUGUACAACUGCCCACGUUUUGACGGUUCUUCGGGCAAACAACGCUGCGAUGCCGAACGAUAUUUGGGAUGUUUCGAGAGGGCCGUGGAAAAUGUCCGAUUUCCAGACACUCAUGACGACAAAUCGCUCGCUAAAGACUGCAACGUUUUGGAGUCUGUUGAUUUUUGCACUAAAUACAUGGAGACUGGAGGAUGCUCGGACGAAUCCAAGCAAAGACUCCAAUAUCUGAAAAGUGACUUUGCUUCCCUUCGUACCCACAUCUGCGACCCAAACCUCCAUACAAGUGCGCUUGAGCUGAAUCAGUGCCUGGACAAAAAUGCCAUGGAAUCCUGCGUCAAGCUUGCGUCAUACGACCUCUGCAGCCAUGACCACUACAAUUGCUUCCUGAAUGCGACAACAAAGUGUACUCGAGACAGUCCUGAGAUGAAAGCCGUGCACGACUUGUUCAACACUCAUCUUAACUUGAAGAAUUGCAGCAGAAUCGACAGCAACGACGGGAACGACGGCAUCACCACUCCUCUUGAUUUGAAGAAUUGCAGCAGAAUCGACUGCAACGACGGGAACGGCGGCAUCACCACGAGCCCGAAGAUUUUGCUGACAUUGGCUGCCUUAUGCAUUUCACUCUUUCCUUUAAGAAAAUAAAUGCUCCAGACGGCUUGC